AAGUUGCUCCCUUAUGAGCAGAGAUGUGAGUUUGUUGAUGAAAACAACUUGUGUAAAUUGUGUCUCAAUGGUCAUCGAGGUAGGUGUUUAAUGAGAUUAAAAUGUGCAACAUGUCAUGAAUUACACAACACUCUGUUGCAUUCGCCAAAUAAAGGUAAGGUAACGAAUGUUUCCUUAGCUGAUGAACCCUCUCUGAAUGUAAAGGAUAAUUCCAAAUCUGAUGAUUGUUGCUUGCCUACCGACUUAUCCAGAAAUGUGAGUUUGUCGGCUAGACCUCGGAAUGCAAGUGUAUUGCUUCCGUCUGUAAUUGUGAAGUUGAAGAAAAAAGAUGGUACUUUUACUCAUGCUAGAGCACUUCUAGACUCUUGCUCACAGAUACAUUUUGUAAGUGAGAAACUGAUUAAGGAAGUAGGUAUUUGCACAUAUGAUACUGAUGAGGUAGUGACUGGUGUAUGUGAAAGAGACAAUAAUAUUGCACAAAAGGCUGAUUUAGUUGUUUACUCUACUGUGGGUAAUUUUAAGGUUGAUGUGUCAUGCUGUGUGACAAGGAAGAUUACUUGUGCCCUUCCACAGCAAACAUUUGACAUUUCUCAGUUUAAUAUACCAUCCUAUGCCCAGUUGGCUGAUGAGAAGUUCAAUGAAUCAAAUGAGAGUUCACUAUUAUUAGGAGCCGACGUCUUUUUCCAGGUGUUCGAGUAUGUGUGCCGGCAGCUGACACCUGUGGGUCCAUAUUUGGUGAAGACGAGGUUCGGUCAUAUUGUAGGCGGGGGGCUGCCCUUCCCUGCCGGCAAGAAGUCGAUAAGUAACUAUUGUGUUACAACUAAAGGUAAUCCUUUCCAUUUUAAUGUAGCUGAGGAUGAUUUACAACCACCCUUCCCAUGUGCUAAACAAAGUGAGGUUUGUUUACUGUCAAAUGAUUGUCAACCUUCGGAAGAUAUUGUUGAUAUAAUGUCCAAGUUUUGGGAUUGUGAAAAGGUACCUGAUAUCAUUAAGGAAACAGGUACAGAGGCUGAGCAGGCUGAACAGAUUUUUCUGGAGUCGGUUAAAUUAGAAAAUGACAAGUUCACUGUGGCCAUGCCUGUGAAGGUUGAGUUGGAUAAGUUAGACUUAGGUGAUUCUUUUAGUUGCGCCUUGCAACGAUUUUUUAAUUUAGAAAAACGGUUUUCACGGGAUCUAGAAUUGAGUAAAAAAUAUAAAAAAUUCAUACAUGAUUACAUAGACCAAGGUCAUGCUAAAUAUUUUGACAUGUCUACUUAUGACUUAAGUGCAGGUAAUGUCAUGUUUCUGCCCCACCACCCUGUAAUUAGCUCCAGUAAAACGACACCUGUUAGGGCUGUUUUUGAUGCUGGCGCUGUCACAAAAAAGGGUAUAUGCUUAAAUGACAUUUUAUUAAAUGGUCCGGUGGUUCAAAAGGAUCUCUUUGAAAUUCUGAUUUUGUUCAGAACUUUCAAGUAUGUAUUAUUGUGCGACAUAAAGGCUAUGUAUCGCCAAAUUCUAAUUGAGGAUAAGUAUCGUUGCUUGCAAAAUAUUUUGUGGCGCGAUUCUCCGGACGACUCAGUCAAAUGUGUACAGUUGCAGACAGUGACGUAUGGUUUGAAGAACUCUGCGUUCUUGGCAUGUAGGUGUUUGUUGGAAUUAGCUCAGAGAUACGAGAGUCAAUAUCCUUUGGCUUCGUUUGUGUUAAAGCACACGUGUUAUGUUGAUGAUAUUCAGUGCGGUUCUAAUGAUUUGAAUGAGCUUAUCCAGAUGAAAAAGGAGUUGGUUGAUUUAAUGAAGUUGGCUAGUUUGUCUCUUCACAAAUGGUGCUCUAAUAACCAAGAAAUUUUAAGCGACAUACCGGUUGAAUUUCAUCAACUCGAUAGUAGGAGCUUUGAUAAAAAUAAUGAAUAUGUUAAAACUCUUGGAUUGACAUAUGACGUCAUUACCGAUACUCUUAACAUGCAGUGUCCUGUUAAAGAGGUUCAAGAAAAGUACACGAAGCGUCAGAUGCUUAGCUUCAUAAGUAAAUUUUUUGAUCCUUUAGGAUUAUGUGGCCCUGUGUUAGUGCAGGCAAAGAUACUGAUGCAACAGGUUUGGUUUGAAUCGUUGAAAUGGGAUGAGUUUUUACCUCAAGGUCUUAACCAAAAGUGGGUUGACUUUGCCAAUAGCUUAGUUCAAAUGUCUUGCAUAUCGAUAGCUAGAAAUAUCAAUGUUCAAGGAGCACAAUCGUUAGAAUUAGUGGGAUUUUCUGAUGCUUCUAAUGCUGCUCAUGGUUGUUGUUUGUACUUACGUGUCAUUGAUGCUGACAACAAGGUUUCGGUGAAUCUUUUGUGCUCAAAAUCGCGCAUCAAUCCCAAGGCUAAAUCCUUGACUAUCCCAAAAUUGGAACUGAAUGGUGCCCUGCUACUUGCUAUUCUAGCUCGGAAGGUGUAUACUGCUCUGUCCUUAAAAUACUCAGUGAGCGCUCAUCUUUACAGUGACUCCAUGAUUUUGCUAGCUUGGUUAAAAACAUUACCGGUAAAGCUUAACAUGUACGUAGGUAACAGAGUUGAUAAGAUUAAUAAGUUAUCCUCCGGCUUUGAAUGGCAUUAUGACAACUGAUACUUUUUUAGGGUGUCUUAAAAGAUUUAUAGCUCGUAGAAAUAAACCUACUAAAAUAUAUUGUGAUAAUGCGGCCUAUUAUAAAGGCGCAGAAAAUGUUCUUAAGGAAUUGUAUGACCUUCAAAAUUCUACUAAUCAUCAAGCAUCUGUGGUUGACUUUUCUAGUUCUGAAAGAAUAGCCUUUCAUUUCAUUCCUUCUUAUUCCCCAGUUUUUGGUGGUCUGUGGGAAGCAGGUAUUAAAAGUGUUAAAUAUCACAUGAAACGUGUAAUUGCUAAUACAGUGUUUACCUAUGAGCAAAUGUACUCGACUUUGGUUCAGUUUGAAGCCAUUUUGAAUUCUAGGCCGUUGACCCCAAUGUCUAGGGAUCCUAGCGAUAUGACCUAUUUAACUCCUGGACAUUUUCUCACCGGUAGUCCACUGACAUCUUAUCCAGAAACGGAUAUUACAGAUGUAAAUGUAGGUAGGUUAAGUUUUUGGAAACAAUGUGUUCAAUUGCAACAACAUUUUUGGAAGCAAUGGCAUAAGCAAUACUUGGUUAUGCUGCAGAGUAGACCAAAGUGGAGAAAUGAGUCUCCUAACUUAGAAAUAGGCAAUUUAGUUUUGUUGAGGGAAGAUAAUACCUCUCCAUUGUGUUGGCCAGUAGGUCGAAUUGUUGAUGUUCAACCUGGUAAAGAUGGUAAGGUUCGAGCCUUGCAUGUAAAAAACGCAAAGGGUUUCAUUGUUAAAACGAGUGUUACCAAGGUGUGUCCCUUACCAAUUGAUUAUAGUUAGGUAAACUGCUUUGUUUAUUUGUUAAAUUUAAUGAUAAUGCAGGAGUUAGUUAGCAUUAAAUUUUUGUUGUUUUUUAACAUUGUAAUUGUUGUUUUUUGGCUUGGCCCCCAACAUGUUCAUAACCGAACA